AUGGCCAGCAAGCACCACCCCAACCUGGUGCGCCUGUUGGGCUUCUGUUUAAACUUCGAUUCCAGCACAGGCCAGAUUGAGCAGGUGCUCGUGUAUGAGUUCAUGGCGAAUCGCGACUUGGAGAGCUGGAUUGGACCAGUGGCCAAGGGAUUGCAUUAUCUUCAUGACUUCGGCAUUGUGCAUCGCGACAUCAAGCCAGCCAACGUUUUGCUUGAUGCAAAAAUGCAUGCCAAGAUUGCAGACUUCGGGCUGGUGAAACUCACCGGAGGCACCGCUAUGGGCACAUCUGUGGCUGCCACUCGACUUUGGUGUGGUGAUGCUGGUAGUCAUCUCGGCACGCAAGGCCGUGCAUGCGAGCGAGACCAGCCAGAUCAGUCUGAAGCAAUGGAUGCCGUGGCACUCUUCAAGGACCCGUACUUGGAUGCACCAGAUGACUUGGUGCUGCGCUGGGCUCGCCUUGCCCUCUCCUGCACAGCCAUGCCUGCGGCCUCCCGCCCCUCCAUGAAUCAAGUGCUGGGAGAGCUGGUGAAGUUGAAGCGGGAGGCGUCCGGAGCACAUGAGAGCCAUGUGGGCGAGGCCAAAUCUCGCAUCGACAUGGAGCUUGGAUAUUCCAUUGGCUCCUCCAGCUUCACUGCUGAAAUGGCCCGUGCGGAGCGCGAGGGCAUGCCAAGCAGCUCUUCCACAUAA